AUGAGGUUUCAAGCCCUUGUGGUCAGAACGAGGAGGUUUCAAGUCCUCGAGGUCAGAACGAGGAGGUUUCAAGCCCUCGAGGUCAGAACGAGGAGGUUUCAAGCCCUCGAGGUCAGAACGAGGAGGUUUCAAGCUACUCGAGGUCAGAACGAGGAGGUUUCAAGCCCUCGAGGUCAGAACGAGGAGGUUUCAAGCCCUCGAGGUCAGAACGAGGAGGUUUCAAGCCCUCGUGGUCAGAACGAGGAGGUUUCAAGCCCUCGUGGUCAGAACGAGGAGGUUUCAAACUCUUACGGUUUACUUGAGAGGCUUCUAACCCAGUCUACUCCACAUGGGGAAGCUCAAAGAAUUUCUAACCAACAUGUGGAUGUUGCAAGUCCUUCCGGUCCAUUUCAGGAAAUUCCGAUCCCUACUGGUCCAUAUGAUGUGGUCAGUAGCCCAUCUGAUUCGUGUGAGGGUUCAAGCCUUCUUGGUUCACCAGAGGCUCUGAGCCCAUCUGAAGAUACCCCAACAGAUACAAUCGAACGUAGAUAUUGUCAAUUGGAAAUCGUGGAAGCGAAACUUCAACUCCCCGAAGAAAGUCGUGAUGACUACUACAACAACCAUCAUGAGGAAGUUUUAUGUGGCGGACUGACACGCGACUGCCAGGGUUACUUCAUCCAGCUUCUGGAAGGUCCUUUGGCUGACGCGUGCAAGUAUAAUUUCAACGCCAGUGAUGUCAUCGGCCGCCUGCUGCCGCGCAUCGUGGCCACCGCAAUAGACGGACGGGGACGAUCGACCAUUAUUUACAACCGGCGUGCACGAGAGGGCACUAUAGUGGACCACGGUUUGGGCCUCCUGAAGCCCCACGCGGCGAUGCUGGCAGCAGAGAUGCUGGGGUACUACCACGGCUACAUGACCGCAGUGCAGAGCCGUCGUGGCAGAACUCUCCACCAGCAGUACCCUCUGCUCUUCCCAGGCACCGAGGCAACUGCUGAUGCCAUACAGCUGGAUGCCUCCAGGACCAUUAAAAAAUUACUCCCAUACCUGACAAGCAACAUUGAAGAACAUAAGCGGGUUCGAGGUUACAUCGUUAAGCGCUACUACUAUGAGCUGGGCGCGCGUUGCAGUCAAAUCGGUCAGGGAUUCUCACCAAAACUUGCGAAAUUCGUGACGCUGGUGAACGGAUUCGUGACACCAGGAAACCUUGUCGUGUAUUCCACUAAAUCUCAGUUCACAGAUAUUAAGCUGGCCAACUGGAGUUUCGCUCACGAAAACUACUGCCUUAGCGAUCUGUUUUGUCUGAUCGUUUGUUGCACGGACGCUCAACGCUGCUACGAAUACUUGGCAGCGCUCUUCUCGCUAUACAUUCGCGCUUUCGAAAAAGAACACGAAAUUCGUGGCUCCAGGCUCAAAAUUAGCGGGAGCGCAGUGGCUGACAUGAUGGAAUACUGCGGUCGGCACCUGACAUUGCGGAUGCUGGCAAAGCCUCGUUACUUCUUUCAGGGGCCGGAUUGGCUAAACAACUUCAUGAUCGCCGUAGAGAAGAGCAUGCAUCUCCUAGGUGACUACCAUGAUACUCCUGAGGCUGAGUGUUGCUAUGGUAAGAACACCACUUUGUCCAUUGCAGAUACUUAACCUUACUCGAAUGCAGGAAAUUCUGAAUCUAAUCAGAGAGCUCUACACUUCUUAUGAUGUGCUGCUUACAAAACUUCGUCUAUUUAGAUAACUUUGAACAAUUCUAACAACGUGGCAUUUUGGGGACUAGUAUAUAGUAUUAUGCGAUAAAAUUAUACCCGUUUCAGACCAUGCACCAUAUCAAUGACUAUAAUCAUUAAACUAGUGCUCGUUUUGGCUUCGGUGUCGCAGUAACACUAUUCAUAAAGUAAAUUUUUUAUUAGCAGCUAUGCAUUCAUUUAACGCUAUUGUUUGCUAACGGAUGUCACUAAGUGGAAUCUAAAUUUAUUCCCAUCUAUUUUGAGGAUGAUUUUAAAUUUUAUUAGUUGGUAAUUGCAGCAGCAAAGAGUUCGCAGUGGAUACUUUUGCCAUCAGUGCACAACUGCACAUCAGUCUAACCUAUCCUUCGUCACAUUUCACUAUAUUUUAAUAAAAUAAUUUUUUAUCAGUAGAAAAAUUUACUUGAGUAUGACGCAUUCAGAAUCUUGUUGUUUUUAAACCCUUUAUCUUCGUAGAAUGUAUUUUUUGCUUGUGAAAUGUUGAGUGGACUCAGUUAGGUAAAUUUUAAUGCUAUUUAAGUAUUAUAAAAGGACGAAAUUGGACUGAAAGCGCUCAUUUUGCCGGCUGCUCUGUAUUUAUAUUCGUAAUUUUGAAAAUUGCGAUCUUUAUCAUUUAAUUGAACCUUAGCCUUCGGGCAAUUUUAAAAUACUUCAUUUUAAAAAAGAUAUUGCUCUUGUUUUAGAACGUUUACUGUGCGUUGUUUGUUGCUCCGUUCAUUCUAUUGAGUCGUUCUUAACAUUUAAUAAAUAAUUUCAAACUGAA